UUGAGUUGGAGAUCAUUAGAAAAAUAGCCCAUUACAUCAAACCAACCCACAUAUGACCAACAGACCCAAGAUCAACAUUUCUCUUAGUUUCUAGAAUAUUGUUGCUACCUACUGUUAUUUGUUACUACCUUUUUACUGUUUUACUAAGUUACUUUAUUUUAGCUGUUAUACAGCUGUAAUUUGUAUAGGUAUCAUUUAGUAGAUUCGGUCUUAUCCUUCGGUGUAGCUGUAUAUAUUUUCAUGUAUGCUGCCAAUAAUUAUCCAUUGAAUGAAGUAAGCUUUUCCUACCAAUUCUGUCUAAGUUUCAUCACCCUCUCCCUUAUACCCAAAGUCCUUUUAGAGAUGGUCUUAAUUUCCACAAGUACUCCGCAUCACAUGUCAGCCCAUAAUCAUUUAUAUUCCGUCUCUGCAACUGUUUCUUUUUCCACUGAAACAAUUUUCAGUCACACUCUAUUUUCUCCAUAUAGUCAAAAACCCAACUACACGUGGUUCUGCACCAUUUAUUUCCACAUAAAAAAGUGUAAUUGAUCUCCCAAAACACAACAUCAUCACUGCAAAAUGAAGACUUUGAUCUACCAUGUUCUCACGGGGCGUUGGUUCAUGCUCUUUGCAUCUUUACUCAUCAUGGCCGCAGCAGGAGCAGCCUACAUGUUCGGCAUGUACUCUAACGAGGUCAAAACCUCUUUAGGGUACGACCAAACCACUCUUAACUUGUUCAGCUUCUUCAAAGACGUUGGUGCCACCGUUGGAAUCAUAUCAGGGUUAGUCAACGAGAUAACUCCACCUUGGGUAGUUCUGUCAAUUGGGGUCAUCAUGAACUUCUUUGGCUACUUCAUGAUAUUUCUUGCUGUCACUGGCCGCAUUGCCAAACCCCAAGUUUGGCAAAUGUGUCUCUACAUUUGCAUUGGCUCAAAUUCUCAAACUUUUGCUAACACAGGUGGUACUGUCACGUGUGUGAAAAACUUCCCUGGAAGCCGUGGCAAUGUUUUAGGCCUACUCAAAGGUUACGUUGGUCUAAGUGGUGCCAUCAUUGCACAGCUCUACCAUGCCUUCUACGGUGAUCAUAACCCUCAGGCUCUUAUUUUACUCAUUGCGUGGCUUCCUGCUGCUGUUUCCUUUCUUUUCCUUCCAACAAUUCGGAUAUUCAACACAGUUCACCACCCAAAUGAGAACAAAGUUUUCUACCACCUUCUAUAUAUAUCACUAGUCCUUGCCGGGUUUCUCAUGGUUCUUAUCAUCAUGCAAAACAAGCUCAGGUUUACAAGGCCUGAAUACAUAGCCGAUGGGGUUGUGGUUUUCUUCUUUCUCCUUCUCCCACUUGUUGUGGUGUUUAGAGAAGAAAUAAACCAAUUGAAAGCCAAAACGCAAGGUUUGACCGAUUCAGUAAAAGUAGUCACUGAAGUUAUUCCACCUCCAAAUGUGGUGGAGCAAGAAGUCCCAUCAACUACCACAAGCUCCCACGAGAAAAGUUCUUGUUUUGGGAAUAUACUCAAACCCCCAAAAAGAGGAGAAGACUACACCAUCUUGCAAGCACUUUUCAGCAUUGACAUGCUGAUUCUGUUCAUAGCAACAACAUUUGGUGCUGGCGGAGCAUUAACAGCCAUAGACAAUUUAGGACAGAUUGGACGCUCAUUAGGGUACCCAAGAAAAAGCAUUACAACAUGCGUGUCCUUAUUGAGCAUAUGGAACUACUUGGGAAGAGUAGUUGCAGGUUACGCCUCUGAAAUAUUCUUAACCAAAUACAAACUCCCUCGUCCCUACAUGCUCACUCUAGUUUUGCUUCUCUCUUGUGUUGGCCACAUUCUGAUAGCCAUUGGUGCCCCAAACUCUCUCUACUUGGCUUCAGUGAUUAUAGGGUUCUGUUUGGGAGCUCAGUGGCCACUAAUGUUUGCAAUCAUAUCAGAAAUAUUUGGCCUCAAAUACUACUCCACGUUGUUCAACUUUGGAGCCGUAGCAAGCCCUGUUGGGUCUUACAUUCUGAACGUGAAAGUGGCUGGUGUUUUGUAUGAUAAAGAGGCUUUGAAACAGUUGAAGGCCAAAGGACUCACGAGAGAAGAAGGGAAGGACCUAACUUGCGUGGGAGUGCAAUGCUAUAAAAUGGCUUUUAUCAUAAUCACGGCUUCAACGCUGUUUGCAUGCAUUGUUUCGUUUGUUUUGGUGGUGAGGACUAGAAAAUUUUACAAAGGGGAUAUCUAUAGAAAGUUCAGAGUGGAACAUGAAACAGGAGAGAAUGAAAUGGGGAUCACUAAAACUCGUAAUAGUCCUUCUGGUUGAAACAGAGGGACAUGCAAACUUGGGCAGCACCACGUACAAGGGAACAACCCAAUAAAAUAAGAACAGUAGAAAAUAAUGAAGUAUGUUUAAGGUUGAAAAAUGUUAUAUGAACACUUAAUAUAAUGAGAUCGAGAAAAAACAAAUAUAAAUAUUAUAGGAAAAGAGAAAUAUAAAAAAAUGUUGAAAAAAUAUUUAAAAUAAUAAAAUAUUUGUACAUUUUUACCUUUUAAGGUUUAGGUACAGUAUUGCCUGCUUUUUAAGAAGUAUAUGUGGUGGGCUUGCCUAAGAUUGAACUUAAAUAAAUUGAAUAUUUGUAAUUAAAUAAUCUUUGUAUUCGAUAUUUUGGGCAGAUUUUUAUGUAAGAGGCGAACUGUGUUAUGAGAAGAAAAA